UUGCAUUACAUGGAGAGAAUGAGCAAAGGGAUCUGUGUUCAGCUGGUGAGUGGGGCAUGGACAAUAGGCUUCUUCCAUGCCCUGCUUAACACUGUUUUUACCUCCAAGUUGCAUUUCUGUGGGCCCAAUCAAAUCAGCCAUUUCAGCUGUGAGCUCCCUCCUCUAUUACAACGAUCCUGCAUUGACACCUUCACCAAUCAAGUGGUGCUUCUUACUUCUGUUGUAAUAUUUGGGUCAAGCUCCUUCCUCCUUACGCUGAUCUCCUACAUUUACAUCAUCUCCACCAUUCUGAGGAUACGGUCUGCGGAGGGCAGGCGUAAAGCCUUCUCCACCUGCAGCUCCCACCUUAUUGUGGUUGGUUUAUGGUACCUGACAGCCUUUUUCCAGUACACAAAACCCAGCUCAGUCUCCUCUGUGGUUCUGGAUGAAAUAUUCUCCAUUCAGUACAGCAUCUUGACCCCCAUGUUAAACCCCAUCAUCUACAGCCUGAAAAACAAGGAGGUGAAAAUAGCACUAGGGAAAACAUUGGGGAAAUUGAAGUUUUUCAAGUAG